GUACUGCUGGCUUCUAGAGAAAGUCAAGUGCUCAACAUCAUAGAAUAGCUUAAAUUACGUUUUCUCCUGCAGAAGAAGCCAGAAGACUAUUAUAUAUUUUCUUCAUCCAUAGAUUGUAGGUGACCAUUUUCCUCCAUUAAUAAAAAGGACCCUCUCCCCUCCUAAAGACUGCUUCAAAGACUAACCAUUUUGGACUCCCUUAAGUGGAUGUACUUUUCAACUUCAGUUCUGUACAACUUUCUUCAUCUAGCAAGUGGAGUAACCCUCACUUGGGACCUUUUUGAGACAUCUCUGUGCCCCUACCGUGAUGCAGAUGGUCAUGGUCAAAUUUAGUUUUGAACCAACAACCCACUGCAAUCCAUGAAGAGGUUUGGCAGCCUGAGGAGGAGCAAGAAAAGGAAGGAGCAAGAUGGGCUAGGAGGGAGGCAUCAGUCCGAGGCAUCAUGUCUGUCUGCCUCAGGACUCUCCACACCACCCGCCACCCCAACCCAGUCAUCAAGCCAGCCUGUGUUCUCCCAGGAGGCCCAGUCAAGCAGGCCCAGCCCUGAACGCCUGGAGAUGAGCUCCCGAUCCCGCUCGCUCUUCACACCUCCAGACACAGGACAGCGCCUCACCCUUCCCUCUGCUAAACCACCGAUCACUUCCUUGAGCCCCGUGCCAUCUACCUCACAACAAGUCUACGGUUUAUUCGAAGGCAUGCUGGAGAAACUUGAACUAGAUGAUGAUGCUGCUGAACCUGAGAGUGAUAUUUACAUGCGCUUUAUGAAAUCCCACAAGUGCUACGACAUCGUCCCCACAAGUUCCAAGCUGGUUGUGUUCGACACGGCACUCCAAGUUAAGAAAGCUUUCUUUGCCUUGGUAGCCAACGGUGUGCGAGCUGCUCCACUAUGGGACACAGAGAAGCAAAGUUUUGUGGGAAUGCUGACAAUCACAGAUUUCAUCAUCAUACUACACAGAUACUAUAAGUCACCGAUGGUGCAAAUUUAUGAAUUAGAGGAACAUAAGCUUGAGACGUGGAGAGAGGUUUACCUUCAAGCAACAUUCAAACCUCUGGUCAACAUAUCACCUGAUGCAAGCCUGUUUGACGCAGUGUACACCCUCAUCAAAAACAAAAUUCACCGCCUGCCUGUCAUCGACCCCGUCACGGGAAACGCACUUUAUAUUCUCACGCACAAGAGGAUCCUCAAGUUUCUCCAGCUUUUUAUGUGUGAAAUGCCAAAGCCAGCUUUCAUGAAGCAGACUCUCGGGGAGCUGGGCAUUGGCACGUACCAUGACAUUGCUUUCAUCCAUGCGGACACACCCAUCAUCAAAGCACUCAACAUCUUUGUGGAGAGACGAGUGUCUGCCCUGCCUGUGGUGGAUGAGUCUGGCAAAGUUGUGGACAUUUACUCAAAGUUUGAUGUGAUUAACUUGGCUGCUGAGAAGACGUACAACAACCUGGACAUCACGGUGACACAGGCGCUGAAACAUCGCUGUCAGUACUUCGAAGGAGUCAUGAAGUGCCACAAAAUGGAAACAAUGGAGACAAUUGUGGACAGAAUAGUCAAAGCUGAAGUGCAUCGUUUGGUGGUGGUGGACGAGCGCUCCAGCAUCGAAGGCAUCGUCUCUCUGUCAGACAUCCUCCAGGCCCUGGUGCUCAGCCCUGCAGGUAUAGAUGCUCAGCAUUGCUAGCACCAACUCCCCUUCUGUCCUGGACCCUGAGCUCUCUCCCCACCCUGCCCUCUAACCCUGUCCUGGGUAGGAAAACACGUCUACUUUACUCUCGGCUGGUUGUUGCCUGUUGCUGGCUGUAAGGAGGCAUGGUGCCCGACGUCCUGUUUGUCCUGCUGGAUGCCGCUGUGUGUUAUGAGGAUUGUUGUCAGGAUGAAGAGGCUGUUAUUCUCAGUCGGGGCCAGAGACGUCAA